UCCUGAGGAGUUGGUUGGUAUGUUUGCUGUGCAGCGCUCCGUUAACUCGGCAGACAACCUAUAGGCAAGCGAGCGGACCAGUGCGCUCCUCCUGCCUAUUUUUAGAUGUCAGCCUAAUGGGGGAAAACGGACGGGCUUGAAGAAACUGCAGAGGAAGGUCCGAAGCGCGCUGCGAUGAGCUCCGAGAACUCCGCGAAGUGACGGAAUUUAAACCGAAGUUUUACAGAAGUGCAGCUCCGGCUUUGCUUCAGCUCUACACAACUGAAUAAAAACGCAGUGGCCAACGGAGAAGUUGCCGUGCAGUGGCGCAAUGGCUGCCCAGUGCGACACUUUAAGCGGAUACUUGCAGCAGUCGGACCAGGGCUCCAACAGCGAGCGCAGCACCGACUCUCCUCUGCCUGGGUCAGAGGAGGAUCUGAGCGGCCCUCAUCCGCUGCCAGACCCGGAGUGGACUGAAGAGAGGUUUCGGGUGGACCGCAAGAAGCUGGAAGUCAUGUUAUUAGCUGCCUCUGAGGGGAGAGUCAACGGCGGGGAGGAUUUCUUUCAGAAGAUCAUGGAUGAGACCCAAACACAGAUAGCCUGGCCUUCCAAACUCAAAAUCGGAGCAAAGUCCAAAAAAGAUCCACACAUCAAGGUGUGCGGGAAGAGGGAGAACGUGAGGGAAGCCAAAGACCGAAUUAUGUCUGUGCUCGAUACAAAGAGUAACAGGGUGACUCUGAAGAUGGAUGUUUCCCACACAGAGCACUCCCACGUUAUUGGCAAAGGUGGCAACAACAUCAAGAGGGUGAUGGAGGAGACGGGAUGCCACAUCCAUUUCCCGGACUCUAACAGGAACAACCAGGCGGAGAAAAGCAACCAGGUGUCCAUCGCAGGGCAGCCAGGAGGGGUGGAGGCAGCUCGAGUAAAAAUAAGGGAGCUGCUACCUCUCGUGCUGUCUUUCGAGCUCCCCGCCAUCAUGCAGUCGGACCCCAGCUCGCCCACCGUGCAGCACAUCUCACAGACCUACAACCUCACAGUCUCCUUCAAGCCCCCAACCCGCCUCUACAGAGCCACCGGCGUCAUUCGCGGCUCACAGAAUAACGCCAACGCAGUCAAGAGGGGCACGGCUCUGUUGCUGGAGCACCUGGCUGGAAGCCUGGCAAGCACUAUCUCGGUCACCACUCACCUGGACAUCGCACCACAACACCACCUCUUCAUGAAGGGACGCAACGGCAGCAACAUCAAGCACAUCACCCAGAGGACGGGAGCCCAGAUCCACUUCCCUGACCCCAACAAUCCACAGAAAAAAUCCACGGUGUACAUCCAGGGCACCAUUGACUCUGUCUGCCUGGCGCGGCAGUACCUCAUGGGCUGUUUGCCUCUGGUAUUAAUGUUUGACAUUAAAGAGGACAUUGAGGUGGAGCCCCAGUGUAUCACGGCACUUAUGGAGCAGCUGGAUGUCUUCAUCAGUAUCAAACCAAAGCCAAAACAGCCAAGCAAGUCUGUGAUAGUCAAGAGCGUGGAGAGGAACGCAGUCAACAUGUACGAAGCCAGAAAAUUCCUCCUGGGUCUGGAGAGCAACGGAGUGUCGUCAUCCUCACCCCCUGUGGCGCUGAACCCCACCUCUAAUGGUCCUUCCCCGUCCCUCAUCUGCCCCGUUGGCCUGGACAUCCUGGCCUCAGCUGGCCUGGGGCUGAGCAAUCUGGGUUUCCUGGGUGCGACGGCGCCCCACUCUCUCCCCAGCUCCGGCGCUCCAAACGCCGUCCUGAACAGCUUAAACUCCUCCAUGAGCCCUCUGCAGACACCCAGCCCCAGCACCCCUACACCACCCUCCCUUUGGCCCAGUUCACUCACAGGCAACCAAGGCUUCUCAUCUCAGCUGCUGCUGCACCCCGCAACUCAGGCCCUGAGCAACAUCCUGCUGUCCGGCGUCCAAGGUUACACCCAGAACACGCCGUCUCCUCCACCUGGACUCGCCCCCAUAGACAAGCAGUCCAACGGGGUCCCUGACUGCACUCUGAACGGACACGUCAAGCAUCCCGGCUCAGUCUAUGGGAGGUUACCAACGCCGUCAAUUGCAGAAACGGUCUUGAGUCCAGCUCCAUGUGACUCGGUCCAGGAGGCCAGCGGACACAAUCCGUCAGAACCGCUGUCAAGCAAGUCCAGCCCAGAUGAAGGUUCCGACACGUUUGUGGAAGUGGGUAUGCCCAGAAGCCCCUCUCACUCAGCUAAUGGGAACGAGCUGAAACAGAUGCUGGCUUCAUGUAAGACGUCAUCGGGGAAACGACAGGCUGUGGAGCUCCUGCAGGGCACCAAGAACUCCCAUCUACAUUCCGACUGUCUCCUCUCUGACGCCGAGUCCAGCUCGUCAGACAGCCCCGUGGCAGAUAAGAGGGCUCCAGGUAGCGAGCGGGCGGCCGAAAGGGCAGCGCAGCAGAACGAGCGGGAGAGAAUCAGACUGGCACCUCAGACCUCCUUUGCCAAUAUGCAGACGUUUGACUAUGAACAGAAAAAGCUGUUGGCGACCAAAGCUAUGUUAAAGAAACCUGUGGUGACUGAGGUGCGAACCCCCACCAACACUUGGAGUGGUCUGGGCUUUUCAAAAUCCAUGCCGGCUGAGACCAUCAAGGAGCUGCGGAGAGCGAAUCAUGUGCCAUACAAACCCAGCAUGAGCACCACGUACGAGGGUUCCCCGCUGUCCUUGUCUCGAUCUAGUAGCCGGGAAGGCGUGGGGAACGGAAGCGACUCUGACAACUGGAGGGAGAGGAACGGCACCGGUAACGGCCUGCCAAGCCACACAGAGUUCCCCUCUGCUGUCAGCAGCCCGAAGAGGAAGCAGAACAAGUCUGCUGCAGAGCAUUACCUCAGCAGCAGCAACUACAUGGACUCCAUCUCUUCAGUUACUGGCAGCAACGGCUGCAGCCUGAACUCGUCUUUGAAAGGCUCAGACCUCCCUGAACUCUUCAGCAAGCUGGGCUUGGGGAAGUACACGGAUGUCUUCCAGCAACAAGAGAUUGACCUCCAGACAUUCCUGACUCUGACAGACCAGGACCUGAAGGAACUGGGAAUCACCACCUUCGGUGCCCGCAGGAAAAUGCUGCUCGCCAUCUCAGAACUAAACAAGAACCGGAGGAAACUAUUUGAGCCACCCAUCAGGUCCUCCUUCCUGGAAGGGGGAGCGAGCGGGCGCCUCUCCCGCCAGUUUCACGCCGACAUGGCCAGCGUCAGCGGCCGAUGGUAGACGCCCCCCAGGCCCCUCGGGGUCAAACCAGAACCGUCCACAAAGGAGACAAGUUCCUCCAGUUUCUUCUAGUGUUCCCCAGGUUGCAGCAUCUGUUGAUGCUUUUUCAGCCCCGGCUGAUUAAGACUGUUCAAAAUGUUGCGUCGCCAUAUAAUAUAUAUAUGUAUAUGUUUAAACCAAAAGCCAUAGUUUUAGUGAAGUGCCAACAAGGAAAAAAAAAGGGAUUCUCAGAUACAUGAGGUUCAGUGUUGACUCCAUAUAGAACCGUUGAGUUUGUCUGGAGCGUUUUAAAUGAAGGGUGAUGUUAUGGUUCUGAAGAAGGGUACUGUUCAGUAUUUCUGUCCACUUAUGUGUUCAAGGGAACAGGCAGAAUGAUUAGUACAAUCAUUUUACACAUUGAUACUACCUGCAUUUGUAUUAUGCGAUUGUAUCAGUGAUAUGCACUUUAAUAAUACUAGAGUUUUGCCUGUGAGAGCCUUACUCCUUAGAUUGAAAUAAUAAUAAUAAUAACUAUGCAUUUUUUUUUUAUAUUGACUAAAAAGCACAGAUGCAUUUUGUACCAAACCAAAAGUAAGCACUUAGUCAGUGAGAUUAGGGUGCCACCAAAAGAAAAGUGCAGAACAUGUUCGCACUAGAUCAACUUUAUGCCAAAGGAAAGUAUCAUUGUGGCCUUUGCCCUUUGGCUGCCUUCAGUGUGUCUGUUGGUGGACAUUCCUCUGAAGUUAGCGUUUGCGUUCAGCAGCAGUUAUCGAUUUCAAAAGAAAAAGAAAAAAAAACAACAUAUUUUGUACUCAUUAUGCAUUACAGUUUUAGUUUUAGUUUUUAUUACCAUUUUAGGCGGGUGAGCAGAAUGUUUAUUGGUAAUCAGUUUACAUAUGUAUUUUUUUAUACGUUCAUGAAUGAUUUUGUAAUUAGUUUACUAGUAUCUUUUCCUUUGUUUCCGCCCCUCAAUCUGUGGAGCCAUGAAUGUGGCUUUGCCGUUAGACAGCAGCAGAGACGUGAGGCAGUUAGGCUAAGCUUCGUAGGCCUCUCUCUGAUUGUGUCAACGGGCAUUUUUCUGUGGUUUUCCUUCUCUGUUUAUGGUACACGGUCUUUUGUCUGUUAUUCGUCUGUUGCAUUGGCCUCCCUUCCUGUGCCUUAAAUCUCCCCCUACGCUCUUGCAUGUAUCUGGAACUUGAGAUGUUUUUUUUUUGUUUUGUUUUGUUUUUUUUCAUCUUCCUAUUAACUGGCGGUUCCAUUUAGAGCAAGAAAAGACCUUGUGACGUAACAAGGCCAUGCCUUUGUAGUCAAAAGUGCCAAUGUACAUAAGUUGUUUUUCAGCAGGGAGAUAUUUCGUUAAGAACACUAAUAUUUUUGCUCUGACCUUACUCUCCACCCAGGUGCUGCAUCACACAAAGAGCCAGUAUAUUCACAGCCAGGUUAGUUUCGUAGCAGCAAUUUUUGCUGAACACAAGUAAGAAACCCAAGUCACCAAAAUAGCUGUGAGAUCUAAGAUGAAAACAAAUAAAAAUGAGGAAUUUUCUGCUAUCAGUCAUGCAAUCUAAUAUCCCCCAAACCUGGUUUAAGCAGUAUUUUAUAAAGCAACAGGAUUAUGCAUGCAGCAGUUUAUCAUGAGAGCUUGCGUUUGUUCUGUACUCCUACUAUUAUGUUCCCCCCUUUUGCAGUUCAUCAACUUUGGAUCACUCAAACUUUAAUUUUGUUUUAAUUUUGUUUUGUAUGUUCUUGAAGUUAGACUACAGGCUGAUCCAUCUUUCAAAGUCAUGAGCAUUUUUCAAGUGCAAUUAAAUGCCUCUUAAUUUUUUUAUUUGUUUAUAUUUGCAGUACAAUAAGUUUAAGAAAUGAGGCAGGAAUUUCUUACUUUUGUUGAAGUAAGAGUAGAGGAUAUACGUCGAGGUCACUAAAGAGAGAUUAUCGCUGUCGAGUGCAUUAACAUUUAUCUCGGCAAAUUUAUCUGCGACAGUAACAGCAGGUUCACGGUGACUCCAUUUAAGGCGUUCCUUAUCAUGUUCACUGUUAGCCACUUUCCCACCUUCCCUAGCAUCUGAUCUCAGCCAUUCUCAACGAUGGCUGUCGACUAAUAAUAUUCUGACAUGGUUGCCAACGCCAACCAGAUAAUUGUCUUAUUUUCUGUAGUAGAAGUCUUAAAGAAAAGAGAGGAAGAGGGAUAAAGCUAAUAUAGAUAAGGUAUUGUUGAUACUGAGAAGAAACCCGGGGCCGCUUCGCCCCCGCUCAUCAUGGUACUACAUUGAAACUGUUGGGCACUGAUUCUCCCAGUGCUGUGACUCGUGUCCCUGCCUAGCAGACAUUUGUUUUUCAUCCUUCACCUUGUUUGGAUGCGUUUGCUCGUUGUUCGCUAGAGAUUCUUGUCUGAUCAAGUGAAUGUUGUUUAAAAGAUUUUGGAUGCAUGUUAUUGCCGCUUGAUUACAGAUCAGUGAAGGGACUCACCAAGUCAAAAAAGUUUACUGCCAGCUUGUAUAGUCAUUGCCCUUGAUAGUGUAGUUCACCAUGUCUGUGUCUUUGAUUUGUUGUAUUAGUCACAUUGUCGUUCCCAAAGGGAUUUAUUUGAAGGAAUCUUAGUACUGCAAUCAUAAAUGGUACAUUUAUAAUAAAUGUAAACCACUAAGGAAAUGAUGUGCUACAUAACUUUUGUACAACUUUUUCACCUUACACAACCUUUGUUUUUGUGUGACAAAGGUACAGUUCUGCAAAGUUCCACAGAAUGGUUAUACACAGUGCCAUGCGGCCAAAGCUCUGUUCACUGUGGCUUUAGUCGAUGCCGUUAUUCUAACUGCAUUAUAAUACAGACAGACUUUCUGGAGAAACUGUCAAGCAGGCAAAAAUGUUUGUUCAAACAUUGAAACGAUAUUAUGAAGAUAUUAAAUGUAUGCAAACAA